AUGUGGAUCUCAAAACAUGCUAAACGCCCUCGAGGAAGUCCGCCGACGAGAUGGGGUGAUGUGUUUGUAUGGAUGGGCCAGCUGAGAGCUCAGCUGGAUACGGCUCAAGGACGUCUUCAACGCCACUCACGAAACUUGAGAACAUGGCGAGGGAACGAAACGAGUGGAAGAGACGCUAGGGCCUGCACGUCCAAUGAAGAUGGGCCAUCCAAGUAUAUAAGUGAUUAA